AUGGAUCCCGUGGAUGAUUUCAGCCCCUAUCGAGCCGAUGGCAAGCUUUAUGGCUUCGUCUGCGUUGUCACGGGUGCCUCACAGCCGGUUGGUCAGGCCGUCAUCCAUGAGCUUGCUGCCCACGGAGCCGCCUCCAUCUACGCCUGCGACAAGGCUGCGAGCUCCGACUCGUACAAGGACCUGGUCGAGAGCGUGGCCAAGGAGUCCCCCAAUACAAAGGUUAUCCCGUACCCCUACAACGUGGCCCAGGAGGACGAGACGCUGGGCUUGAUAGACGAGGUGCUCAACUCGUUUGGGCGCCUCGACGUCUGGGUCUGCUCCUCGGGCCUCCUGGGGCCGCCCGCCAUCGCCGACACGACGCCCGCCGACCUCCAGCGCUGCUUCGAGGCGCACUCGCUCGCGCCCUUCUUUGCCCUCAAGCACGCCCCGCACGCCAUGGCCAAGCUCACCGCGAAGCAGGGCUACGCCAACGCGUCGCCCAAGUCGCAGGGUUUCGGCUCCAUCAUCGUCGUUGGCUCCGUCGGCUCGACCCACGGCUUUUGGGGCCCGGCUUACAGCAUGGCCUGUCACGCCUCCCUGGGUGUCGUCCGCGCCGGCGUGCCCGUCCUCAAGGGCACCGGCGUGCGCAUCAACUGCAUAUCUCCCGGGCAGAUUGACGUCGGUGUCGACCUCAGCGGUGUCGAUAUUCGUGGCCAGGCGUCUCAGUUCCCGCCCUCUGCUUUGCAGAGCAAAGAGAACCAGCGACGAUUUAUUGGCUUGGAGCGAGCAGGACGCCCACAAGAAGUUGCCAAAGUGGCUGGCUUUCUUGCCAGCAACUUUUCCAGCUACAUCACUGGGGCCAAUCUGGUCGUUGAUGGAGGAAUGUCGAUGUUGAACCCGAUGAUGGUGCCUAUUUGA